AUGGCAGACACGGCAGCGUCCCCUGCACCUGGACCGACGUCUCAUGGGCCUGGUUCAAGCGACACCACCGGACCAGCCGCAGUCCAGUACAAUGAGCAAUGGAUGAUGCAUUUGAAUCGCGAUGGGCUGCCCGUGUGCCGCGAUUUGCACGGUCUUUUUACCACUAUGAUCAUUUCCAUCUCGGACCGAUGGCCCGACUGGCGGUACCAGCUUGCAUUUGUAUUAGCAGCAGCUGUGCAGCGCAUGCAAGCGCUCCAGUUUGUGCAGAUCGUGCGCGAUUCGGUCGGCGGGAUGCAUAAUAUGCUUUCCUUGAGCCAAACGAAAACCUCCUUCAUCAUGAACAGUGAUACUGCGUGGCAGAUUUGCAACGCAUUUGUGAAUGCGCAUCUUUUGCAAAAGAUCCCCCACGCUGACGGCGACGUCUAUUCGCCGACGCCAAAAGGCCUUCACCUCGUCGACCGCUUUGUCACACGGCACGGAAUCGCGACGCGGUCCGUAAGCAACCUGCUCAAUAUCCACGAGGUGUGCGACAAGCUUGUGCUCAUGGAGCGGGACGACCAGGACGAUAUAAUAUUGAGUGAUGGCGUUGUGCGCAUUGUGUACCACCGCAUGGUGGGACUCAGCCCGUACCGCGACGAGUCGAGCUCGUUGGGAGUAAUUUUGCGCAGGUCGUUUGCAUUCGAACAAGGCGGCCAGGCGUACGAAACAUCCAGCUUCACUUCGGAGCAUGCGCUUGCGUGGCUGCUAAACUAUACGACGCUCGUGAAUGUCGACGAAGCCGCGGCGCUGAUUGCGCACAUGAUCCGUCUCGGCUGGAUCGAGCCGGAGAAUGUCAUGGCGCCUUCCAAAUCGCCACGCGUCGUGACCGUGCGUGUGGACGCAGAGCUGCGCCCAGAAGGUACCGCAGAAGAGGGCACAUUUGUGCAGGGCGAAGACUAUCAUAUCACCGAGCUCGGCGCGACGGUGGCGUGGCAUGUCGACUGGGACAACCCGAUCAUUACGUCGGAUAACGAGCCGCGGCCGCCGACGUCCAUGUCAGACGCACAGCGUGGGCAUGAGACGCGCUUUGUCUCGCCACGGCUCGACGAAUUUGAGCUGUACAAUGCAUACACGAAUGCGUCCGCAUCGCCGCUUCGCAAGGGCCGCUCCGAAGGCUUCACGCCUUUGGCGGCUUUCUCGCCCUUCCCCAACUUUACUUCUUUAAUAGACACGCCCAAAUUGGGCGAGACCGAGACGCACGGUGCGUCUACAAGGACGGAUCAAGAAUACGCUGCGCAGUGUCCCGAGCCCGCGCCUUCCGACGAACAGAAACCCAUAUCGCUCCACGACAUCCUCCAGACCCCGUCGCUGCGUGUUGCAUUCGGCGGUUUCCUCACGUCCGUUAAUAAACACAUUCUCUUAAAAUCUUGGUGCACCCUGGAAUGGUUCCGCUACGACUGCCGUCUUGCGUCCUGCGGUGCGCUCUCGCAGAUUACGCGUGGCGAUCCCAUCGAAACGCUUUUCUCAGCGCCUCUCCCUGAAAACGGAAAACCAGCCAUGUCUGCUCCCAUGAUGCGCGCUGUGCAACGUCCACUACUGGAAGAGAGUGCGCGAGUCCAUAUCGGCCCGUUUUUGACGACCAACCACCAUGCACCUGUUGUCCAACUGUCCACCUUGGAGCGGCUGAGCGAGGCGUACGCUACCUAUACGCAAACAGCCCACCCUAUGCCCGCUAUUGAGCCUGACACAGAAAGUGCUCGCGAGAGCGAGUCGCAGCUCGCCCAGCUCCUUGUCCAGAGCGCCGCAGCACAAAAGGAGCUGUACCACGGCCUCCAGGGACCCAAGAAGGCGUUUAUAGCGGCGCGCGCCGAAUCGGCCAAGUAG